AGCGGACCCAUUGGGAAGCAGAGUGUGUUCUGCGGAAGGUUACUGGCUAAACACAGAAGAUGAGAAGAAAUUCUUGAUAAGUGACCGCAGCGUUACCUGCCUACAAUGGACCAGGACACUCCAGAGGAGGUCCUGGCCGAGUUCAAGGAGAGGCGGCUGGGGGCCUGGGGCCUCUUGCAGGUGACCGCAGGCACUGGACUGGCAGUGUACGCUAUGUGGGCGGGGGUCCUCAUGCCAGGGUUUCGGAGAGUACCUCUGAAGUUACAGGUGCCCUACCUCCCAGCCAGCAGGACCCAAGUUCGGAAUGUCAUGACUCUGCUAAAGGGACGAUCUGGAGGCAUUGCUGACUUGGGCUCAGGGGAUGGCAGAAUAGUGCUGGAGGCAUACAGGAAGGGGUUUAGUCCAGCAGUGGGUUAUGAGCUCAAUCCAUGGCUGGUUCGCUUGGCCCACUUUCAUGCCUGGAGAGCAGGGCAUUAUGGGAAAGUCUCCUAUCUGCAGAAGGACCUCUGGAAGGUCAGUUUAGCAGACUGUAGGAAUGUCACUGUGUUCUUGGCACCUAGCGUGCUGCCUCUCCUCCAGAAGAAGCUACUUGCCGAGCUGCCUGAAGAUGCCAUUGUGGUAGCGGGCCGGUUCCCCUUCCCCAACUGGACCCCUUCUAAAAUUGAGGGUGAAGGGGUAGACCGGGCCUGGGCCUACCACAUACAGGCGCAGAGGCAGCCCGAUGGCCCUUGGGAGCCCACGGAGGCUGGCCAUGCCUCAUGACACACACGACUCUCUCCUCCGAAAGCCCUCUGUGUGUGUGGUGUCCCUGAGCCUGCCGCCCCUCAGAAGAGGUGACGCCUCUGACUGCAGAUGUCUGUUGACUCAAUGCCUCGCACCCAAUACAGGUGUCUUUAAUAUCUGUUCUUACUUUUAUUGUACUGAAGUUUUUACUCCAAAAUGACUUACCAUAACAAAUUAUACCGCAAGAUGUGUGUGGAUUGCCAUCCCAGACAGUGUGAGUCUCUUUAUAGAUUCUUGGCAGACUCCAGUGAUUUGAUUCACAGGAGCUGGAACUGAAUCAGAAUGUGGACAGUAUUGCUAAUCACAAAUUGCUGAACCAGUGGGAAUAAGUUUUAUUUCUUUAUUGCUACCUUUUAUCUGCAAAUAUAGAAAAUAGUUUUAUUAUGUUCAAGAUAAACAAAUAAUUUUAUCUCUGUCUUUUAUCACA